UCUACACGUGAUCCUUAUAAACGAAGUGUUUAUCUCUUCUUGUUUCUUACUAUUUUAGGUAUUCGUAAAAACAUAACUUCUCGUGCUUUUGAUAAGAUUUGGAUGAUUUACUAAAUAGUGGAGUGCUGCAACAGAACGCGAGUCUGUCAAUCGUACAACAUCUGAAAUGGUACUUUCUGCCCGUAAUUGUUUGACUGAAUGCUUACGAUUGGUUAAAGAAGUAAUCUGGCCAGUUAUCACACGAGUGAUGGUACAUUAUGCUACACGCAUGCGACCAAUGGAACAUGUUUGUCGUCUCAUCCGUUUUAUUGUGCGCUGUUUUUCUGUACAUCUGAGGGAUCUUCUCCCAGAACUGGCUGAAAAGAUUGUGCUUGCUUACACAAAUGGAGGCCAACAUUCAAGUUUUCUCUAUUUGUGUAGUGUACUUGUUGAUGAAUUUGGAGAGGAAUUGGAUUGUAGAGUCGGUUUGGUGAAUGUAUAUGAGGUAACUUAUGUUUUUUCACAUAAGGUGUUUAUGUAAUGGUUCGUUUAUUUGGAGAGGUGUAAUACAUUGCUUAAAUAAUCCAACCUAGAAAUAUUAUACUUGAUUAAAAUUAAAAAGAAAUGAGGUCCUCACUUGUUUUUAUCGCUAUGCUGUGUAUUUUUUGGCUCUUCUAUCUUGAAAUCGUUGGUUGUAUAGAAAGGCGUUGACACGCAUGUCCAGAUCUAAUAUUUGUAGAUUCAUUCAGCCAAGCAGUACAGAGACGACUAUCAGAUUGUGUGGAACAAUGAGUUUCAUAUUGUUGAGCAUAAUUUUACCUCCGCACCUAAAAGUCAGAGGAAACAGGUUUGAAAUCCCUGACGUCAGUGUGUGUUGUAUCCAUUUGGCAAAGUUUGCCUAACUUUAGUCGUUUGCAGUGGUUAUAUUCGAAAGAAAAUAUUGUCUUAAGGAGUAGCAUUAACAGUGAUAUAUAAAGUUUGAGGAGAGAAUAUCUAGAGGUUAAGUGGAAAACAGGUGAAUGUUUUAUGGUGAUAAAAGUGUGUGAGACUCUUUGACCGUGCAUAUUUUGCAACUGUCUGCAGGUGAAGGUGAUUUAGUUUUGUAUAGUCACACAGCUGCAUGAACGACUGAUGGUGAUUUCUGAAGGUGUUGUCCUUACAUAGUAUUUACUGCCGGCUAUCAGCUGUGGCACUAAGUUUCUGCAAUCACCAUGAGCAAUAGUAGGCAACAAAAGGCACACAGAUGUAGAAGACAUCAGCGACAAGUAAUACCAGAAAAUUACUUAUUCUGUUUAGCGAGACAAGAUGUUACAGACUAGUUGUAAGUGAAUUUAUUUCCGAGAAGGAUGGCACUGCAAUUACCUCAUGAUAGACGACUGUAACGUUGGAGGAGACAUUAAAGAACGAUUAAACUGCAUACUGCUACACUAAAGUUUCAGAGCACCCACAUGAAUAGAAUGUUGACAUCGGUCCUCGAACUGUAACUGAGGUUAUAAAAGUUGUUUCUAAUGUGAAGCAGCACAAAGCAGCGGGACAUUGAUACUUUGGUAAUGAUGUCUGGAUUAACUAAGUUUAAGUAAUGCAUGGGAAUUCAUGGAAAUAAUUGAAUGACCCAGUUUAUGAGAAGAGAGAAAAAUUUCCUUCUGAUUAUAGGGGGAUCGGGUUGACUAACACAGUAUCUAAAAUUCUUUGUUCUAUAGUCCUGUGUAAAUUGAGUGGUGCUUGAAAGAAACAAACCUGUAAAAACCAUACUUGUUUUGUGCGCCGACAAAGCAUUAUUGAUCAUAUCUUCGCCCAAGGACAUAUUCUAGAAUAGAGAUACCCAUCGACGUCAACACUUGUCAUAUUUCGUGACUUAAAACUGGCUUUUGACUUAGUCGACCGAGAGGUGCUGUGGCACUGUGUAGCCAUGAAUGGAGUACCUCCAAUCAACUUAAUUGACCUAAGGAAUGACUUAUCACUGAUGUCAACAUUCUCUUUUAGCUUCUUAGUCCAUAUGUCAGCGUCAUGUUUAGUAUGCUUUCCUGUUUUACGGCAAACUCGAAUGAUCAUGUGUUUAUUUCACACGUUUUUCUGCAAUCGCAAUCACAUUAUUCCCUUCAAGGGGCUGGGUUCGAAAAUCCCCCUUAAUUUCAUCUUCUGUACGACAUAGUGCAGCCAUAGUUGUAUUCAUGUCGGCGCAUACUUAUUGCCCAGUCAUGUGUUUGAGAAGCAUUAGCAAUUCAUUUCUAACCUGUAGUAACAAAUGAGUGGAAUAAAAAUAAGAUAGAUAGAUCUCAUUUAAUUUUUGAAAUCAAAACUUUUUGAAAGUGGAUAGCUGUCUAAGUACUAUUUUGAUAGACAACUAAUAUGGCUCAAGUUCAGAUUACUAUCUGAACGUGUUUACAGUUGGAAUCACCAUAUUUCCGCUACAAGUAAAUAUGAUAUUCUUUAAGCUUCAGUAUUCCUCAUGAAACCUCAGCUUAUGUUACUGAAAAGUUUACUUAGAAGGGACUCUGCACAUAAGUGCAUCAUUUUAAUUUGCCAUCUUGCGAGAAGCACACAAUUGAGGGUAUAUAAAAUAAUGAUGCUAAGACAAACAUCAACUGAUGAAUUUUUUUAGUAGAUUGUAAAGUGACACUCUCGUUUUGAAAUUUUUCCGAUUUUCUUUUGUGUCGAACAACAAACGAAUGACGACUCUGAUUGAAAAUGAGUGUUAAUUACUUUAGUCAACAAUCCAGUUGACUAAAGUAAUUGACAUACUAUGUG